CAGCCGGGCUGCGCUUCCCUCCCCGCCUCUCGCUGAGCAUUGCGCUCCGGACUCGGCUGCAGGAGGCAGAGUGAAGAUGAGCUGUGAAGAGAUCCGCGUGUUUGCAGUGACAUUUGGGCAAGAUUCUUACCUCUACUUUGCAGAUGAUGAAGGUCUGGAGUGCGACUACUGGAAGAAGGCAACCCACGCCCUACAGCACCAGAUCUUUCGAAACAUAUCUAAUCAGGUACUCAUGGUACGGCAAGGACCAGAGAAUGCUGUCAUGAGUGUAUUUGAGCCUAUGACAGAUCAAGAGAUGACACCUGGAUCCGGAGUGCACUUCACCAUCCACUAUUACGAAGACAACAGUUUUGAGGACGGGAUGUCCGUGGCAUUCAGCAUCCUGGUAGAAAACAAGACUUACUGUAUGUACUGCACACAUGAAGGUGGGGAAAAGACUGUUCGAUUUAGGGAAGAAGAAGUUCCCAGAGAAAUUCUGGAAAACAGCAGCGACAUCAUCUUCAUCCAAAAGUCAAUUUCACCGACAGACACACAAGCAUUCAAAUUUGAAUCUUCACUAAUGCGAGGAUACUUCUUGGCCUUUCAGAAAGGAGAGAAUUUAAGCAAACUGAUUUUAAAGCGAUGUGAUGAAGACCGUGUGGAUGAAUCCACACAUAUUAUUGUCCCCUAAAUAAACUGAUUUGAUAACGUAUC